GGAGUACUUCAAUUGUGGAGCGAAAUUUCUUCCUUGCUCGCAAGCUUUGGUCCUUCCCCCAUGCCCAAAACCAUGACGAGGUAAAAGCUAGGAAGUGUCCCUUGGAACACAAUUCCAAGAAAAACCAUCAUGAAGCGGAGGCUCCAAAUCAUGGAGCAUCUACGCAUUCCUCCAUGAUUAAGUUCUAUCGUUGCAAACCAUCAUCGUUACAACACAAAUCCUCCAUCUCCCAGAUUUGCUUGAUUUGCAUCACGCAUUCCUCACUAAUUCCCGUAAUGGAAGAACUCGAGCAGCAUCUAAGCGGAUUCGUGUGAGCCCUAGGGAUGUUGUUGGCGCAGUUCCACAUCUCUCUACGAACUAUUGGGCAUCGUCGUCCAUGAUCGAUUGCAACACUCUCACGUCUCUUAAGAAGCAACUUUGGUAGUAUCGAAACUAGGUAUCGAAGGGAGGGCUUUCGCUCGAAAUGGCUUCCUGGGUAGUAGCAUCACUGCCCGUCUUCGUUCUUCUUUUGUGGGCUGUUCUCCAUCCAGCAAAAGUGACGCACUACAAAGUUCUGGGUUUGAGAGGCAACGCUAGCAGUGAAGAAAUUCAGGCUGCCUAUACGGCGCGCAAGUCGCCAUUGGAUACGAAGGUUGAUCAUGCUUUUUACGUUCUAUCGGAUGCAUAUAGAAGGCGAGUUUACGAUCACUUCGGCCUGGACAGCGUAGAGUCAGAAGAAGCUGCUUUAGAUACAGGCCCAAUCCUAUCUCGCACACCGAGGCUCGACGAUACGAACUUUAAGUCCGUUUUGGAGAGCACGACACCAUGUUUGAUUCAGAUCUUCUCAGAUGCCAACACUAGAUCAAGGGAGUUCUCACCAGUGUGGGAAAGACUGGCGGAAGUUCUCGAAGGCCAGGUUAAUCUUUUGAGAGUCGAGAUAGGAGAAGUUCAACUCGCAAAGCUCUUGGCAGGAAAGAGGUGGAUCAGACGCCAUGGGAUUCCAUCUCUUGUUGCCAAGCCGCCAGGGUGUAGGGAAUUAAAAUGCCUGAUUCGGUACUCCAAAGGCCUCAGCUACGAUUCUAUACUGGACUGGAUAGCAACGUUGCUUCUUGAUCUUCCUCGCAUUCGUUAUUUUUCUUCUCAGAACUUGAUACCUGAGUUCAUUCAGAAAUCUGGACCGCAUAAGGUGAAAGUUAUUCUUUUUUCUGACACAGGAGAGCGUGCACUUCCAUUCGUAAGAGAAGCGGCCAAGAAGUACUCCGAGUUUAUGUCUUUCGGAUGUGUUUUGUGGAGGCAAGAGGAAGCUUCGAUUUGGAAAAGCCGGCUUGGAUUAGAGCUGGCACCGGCAGUAGUUUUCAUCAAAGAUCCCGGUGUCCAGCCCAUAAUUGUUUAUGGUAAAUUGACCCGUGACUCCUUCAUGGAAACUGUGGAAGAACAUAAAGUUCAUGUUCUUCCUCAGCUGCGAAGCAUCACGGCUUCCAAACUUGGAUGUGAUCCCGCGGACUUCUCCGCAGCUGGAAAAGAUGUCGAAACAUGGUACUGCGUUGUGGUUGCUGGAAGGCCUGGUUUUCAGCUUGAUCAACUCCGCAGUACGAUGAGAAUCGUGCAAGAUGAGCUCGGAAGCGAGGACAUUGAUGGCCACAAUUUUGCCGCUGCCACUGCAUACAAAGACAAGCGUUUGAGCCUAUCAUGGCUUGACGGCGAAAUGCAAAAGAAAUUUUGCUAUUACUGCCUCCCUUCUGAAACCGUCCAUGAGACUUGCGGGCCGAGGCAGUACCAAGAGCAAGACGUGGCAAGAAUUUUUAUGAUACGUUUUAGAAGAGAUCCAAACCAUCAAAAGCCGGUGGUGAAGAGAAUCAAUACCUGGUGGCGUUUGGAUGAUGAGGAGCAAGAUUUAGCAUCGAUGCUUAUUGCUCCAUACAGUGGUGCAAAUGAAAUAUCAGAGGUUUUAUCGUGGAUUUCUAAUACUGUUCGUGACGGUGACACAAAUGAAAUUCCAUUCUUUAAUACUAAGUCGGUGCCUGCGUUAAUACCCGAGGAGCAAGCAGUCUCGAUGCUCUCUUCAACACGGAAUGCUGCGAGUGGAAUGAGGAGGAGCUUGAUAGACAAAGUGAACAGUUUGGUUGUGGAUCUUAUGGACUUCAUCACAGAUUGGUCAUAAACGAUUAUACUUCACAAAGUUUACAAUCUUUUUUAAGAUUGUUAUCAGGAUUAUUUUAAUAAUAUUUUAAUAUUUUAA